UCUUUUCCUCUCCUCCUUGGGUGAUCCGGCUCUGCCCUGCCCCAUGUCUCCCUUCCACGAGUGCUGCCUGCCCGUGGGCCUGGCGUGCCCCGAGCCCUUCGCCGUGACCCGCAGCGACACCUGCGUCAUCAAGUACCCCGACACCGUGGUGGACAUCGUGGAGCCCGACUUUCCCCCCUACUCCGUCAUCUACCCCGGGCCCACGCUGACCACCUUCCCCCAGCAGACCCUGGUGGGCUCCACGGCCCUGCUGGACAUCAGGAGCUUCCUGGGCUCCCAGGGAUUCCAGGGGUUCGGGGGCCAACCUAAACCCUGCCUGGAUAUCUGUGGAUAGACUGAAAACACAACUGAGCGGUCAGACAGAGCCCGACUAAAGUUUAUGGAUAAUGGAUUGUAGAAGUGCCGAGCUCCCGAGGUUCCCAUGGAGUCCAUAAAUCCAGGGACUCCUGGAACUAGACCUGCCCGAGGACUAGAAUUUCCAAACUACGAGAAAACUGAAAUUUCUCUAUUGACUUCAUUCCAAAUUAGGGCAAACCAAAGCCCAAAAUUUUCCA